ACAUGAGCACACCUGGCCAGCGACCUGUCCUGCUCCAGGGUCACCGCUCACUGAGGGAGAAGGAGGGCUAGUGUGCCAGAACACCCGUACCUAGAAACUCCCUUCCUCUUUCUUCCUCUUAGGUUCCUGGGGAGGAAAAGCGUAGGAAAAUCUAGCCCUGCCGCUACCUAGAAUAUGUGGCCUCUCAAAAGUGUCUGAACUUCAUUGAUCCUAGAGGACAGUUACUGGGGGAAAAAAUUACAGAGCCGACUUUGGAAACAGGUCCAUCUCUGCUCAAAGAAAGACUCCAGAAUUGACUAUCCCUGCAACUUUGGACAGGCCAUUUUAUCUUUCUGGGCCUCAGUCUUCCGGUCUUCCCAUAAAUGUAAUCCCUGGUCCAUUGAUUGUGUCCACGCGCUUGUGCGCCGGCUCCGCCCCCGAGAUGGCCAAGCCCAACCACGCCCCCUCUCCGCCUCGCCCUGCCUUAGGCUCCGCCCCUGGCCCGGUCCACAACAAGAGCCCUCCCCUCGCCGUUCCUGCGUUACCUCCCCCAAGCCGCGCGGUGGCGCUGAGGCUCCGCCGGGGCCGGAGGCUUUGCGGGCUCGCGGGAGUGCGCAGGCGCCUGGGGAACCUGACUGCGGCGGCGGCGGCGGCGGCGCGUAGGGCGACUGCGGCUCUCCCACCGGUCACGCUGGCCCUUAUCUGCUUGGACGGGGUCUUCUUAUCGUCGGCCGAGAAUGACUUUGUCCACCGGGUCCAGGAGGAGCUGGACCGCUUCCUGCUGCAGAAACAGCUGUCAAAGGUUCUGCUUUUCCCCCCACUGUCCAGUCGCCUGCGGUACCUGAUCCACAGAACAGCGGAGAAGUUUGAUCUCUUGAGCAGCUUCUCUGUUGGUGAGGGGUCGAGGAGGAGGACGGUCAUCUGUCACCUGGACAUCAGGGUGCCAAGUUCAGAUGGCCCUUCUGGCCCCUGCCGCCCACCUGCUUCCCACCCUGGCAAAUACCAUGGUCCUCGGCCCACCUCAAACCAGGGAGCAGGGGUUGGUCCCCGAGGUCCACGGCCCGGCCGGUGGCAUCGUGGACGAAAGCCAGACCAGCCUUUGUACGUGCCCCGGGUGCUGCGCAGGCAAGAGGACGGGACAGAGACCUCUACCCCAGGGCUCAAGGGAGAGGCCCCCGCUGGUGGGGUCUUGGAAGAGCCUGGUGACGCUGAUGCUGGGGACCCCAGCACUCAUCAAGCACUCCCUGUGUUGACGACUCAGGAAACGGAGGACCUGAAAGGCCCAGGCCAAAGCCGCAGAAAUGAGCCAAGGCUAGAGCCAGCUGACACCGAGCCCCCAGGGCCUGAGAGUCCCUCGGGGAAGGAAUGUGGGGUGGAGCUAGCCACACAGCUAGGGCCCAGUUUGCAGCCAGCCCUGGAAGAGGAGGACUCGAGUCAGCUGGAGCAGAGUCCAAUGGACAGAGAGGAGGAGGACGAGGAGGAAGAGGCCAGCUUCCCAGAGGAUGAUUACAGUGAGCUGCUGCAGGAGAUCACUGCGCACUUGACGGAGAAGGAGGUCGAGAUAGAGAAGGCCCAGCUGGACGCGUCCUGUUUCAUGGAGGAGCUGCCUGGGGAGAAGGACCUGGCACACGUGGUGGAGAUCUACGACUUUGAGCCAAUGCUCAAGACGGAGGACCUGCUGGCAACGUUUUCUGAGUUCCAGGAGAAGGGGCUCAAGAUCCAGUGGGUGGACGACACGCACGCACUCGGCAUCUUCCCCUGCCUGGCCGCAGCUGCCGAGGCCCUGAGCAGGGACUUCUCCAUUCUCAAGAUCCGGCCGCUCACGGAGGGAACCAAGCAGUCAAAGCUCAGAGCCCUACAGAGGCCAAAGCUCCUGCAACUGGCGAAGGAGAGGCCACAGACAGACACGGCUGUGGCCCGGAGGCUGGUGGCCCGGGCCCUGGGGUUCCAACACAAAAAGAGAGAGCGCCCAAGCAACCUGUCAUCCUCAGGGCCCAGGCCAGGCUGCCCAGACUAAGCUGGGCCCCAAUAGCACAAGCCCUUACAGACAUCCAGACAGCCCCACGCCUCUGCUGAGCUUCACCAUGGGGCCCACGGCUGGGCUUUAGUUUGGUUUAAUCCCAGAAAUUGAGAAGAAAAUAAAAACUUUAAAGUUGUUCUGA